AUGGCAGCAGGUGUUGCAAAGCGAUACACAGACGGAGCUCGAAAGGGCCACGACAAACCUGGCCUCCAGCAGGUCAAGCCUGGUCGUUCAAGCCGAAGAAAGCAGCCUGCUGCCCAAGACAAAGACGAGGGCGAAGACGUGACCAAGCCCCAGCGGAAGAGCCAGAGAAUACAGGAGAAGUCCAAGCAGAACUGCCAGCAAGCCCUAAGUGCAAGCCCCAAGACCUCCCUAAAGAGCCCGCGGCCAAAGGAGAAACAAUCUGCAACCCAGAAACGGGCCGCAAGAGGAGAGCAGACGAGGUACUUGCAGAAAGCAGCAGCGAAGCAAGACAAUCGUUCCAAAGAGAAGAUCAGAGGCCAACCUACGGCUUCGCCCGCGGCACCAGGAGUACCUAAGAGGAGUCAGUCGCCAUCAUUACUUUGUUGGAUCAAGUUACUGACCCAAAUAGCUAAACAACAGCCUUAUGUGGUUACCGGAGACGAACAACUCGGCAACGUGAAGCGUCCUACACGUGCGCUCGAGCAACACGCUGCCCCAAGGACUGGGUAUGAUAAAGAGAGCUUCAUUGAGACUUGGUUGAAUGGAUCCAGCUGGUUUCACAGAGAGCCGACAGAAGACGAACCCCAGCUUGCCGCAUUGGACAAUAUGGCCCCCCCACCUACGACCGUCUUUUCUUUCUCAAACAAUACCUUUGAACGCAUGACUACCCCAUCUAGAAAGUCCGGGGGACCCUCUGCAAACGUUCAUGAUUCAAAGUACCGAGAAUGCUUGCGUCGCCGAAAUAUUUACAUCAAUCGUGACCAUCCUCCGGCAGAGCUAAUGAAGCGAGCAAGAACGAUCAUAUCCACAGAACGAAAAUCUCCGGGAAUGAACGAUAAAACAGCUCAAAGCUUGGUAGCAACAUCGCGUAAGAUUGAGAACCAGACUGAAGCUAAUAUCACGCGGACCUUCGCGCCAGGUAUCAUUCCUGCCAUGAAUGUGCUCCCCGACGACAAAUUGGCAUCGAGUGCUAACCAGUUGUGGUCUGAUUGCGUCCCUGUCCCGCUCAAGCCGGCUGCCCUAACGGUCCCGCUACCCUUACCUAGACCAAAACCCGAUCUAGUAUUUGGAUAUUCCGAAGAAGCCUUCUCUGAUGACCAACUCGAGACGAUUCCAUUUCUCAUCGACGACCAGUUCGGCCAAAGCUACGCCGUCCCGGACUGUGAGGUUCGAUUUCCAUUCCUACAGGUCGAGUUUAAAUCGCAGGCAAAAGGCGGAACCCACUACAUCGCAACCAACCAGGCCGCCGGUGCUGGAGCUAUUGCGACAAUUGGCAAAAUCGACUUAAUACAGCGCAGUUUUGGAAUGAAAGAAUUCGAUUACCAUGAGCCCCAGUAUUUCUCCGUCACGAUGGACCAUGAGCUAGCUCGGAUCAAUGUACAUUGGCUGAGAGCCGAUGAAGGAGGGCUGCAUAGCUUUCAUGUUGAAACAUUGUCAAACCAUCUCCUCAACGACGCAAAUGCCAUACGAGCGGUUUCUCGAGCGAUCCAAAAUAUUCUUGACUGGGGUGUAGGUGCACGGCUGGAAGGACUCUGCACCGCACUGGAUGCGUACCGGGAGAUGGUGGUCCAUAGCCUGGCGGUCACAAAUCCACAGAGGGCGCAGGAAUCGGAAGUUCUACCUCCAACUCAAUCUGGAACGCCGACAUUGGGGAGGAUGUUGCCACCUGAUAGCCGAGGCCGGGGAGCACGACACGCAUCAACAGCAACGAGCAAGGCACCGCAAGAUCGUGUUGAUGUUCCCACCAAUGUGCAGGCUGAUGCGCAUUCGCGCCACUCACUCGAAGAUGGCCAAACGAGGAGACGCAUUAAGCCUACACAGAAGGUGCGGGAUAACAUUUUUCAGGGUCAGAGACAAUGA